CAGAGCCCAAGUGGAUUUUUCCUGAGCUGUUUUUUCCAUCAGAAAUCUCGGAUAACAAAGCCAUUGACCUUUGCCGAUUGUGUUGGGGAUGAACUUCCUUUAGGAUGGGAAACUGUAUAUGAUAAGCAAAUUGGAAUUUAUUACAUGGACCACAUAAAUAAGCUUACCCAGAUUGAGGAUCCCAGAGAGCAGUGGAGGCGAGAGCAGGAACGGAUGCUCAAGGAGUAUUUGAUCGUGGCCCAGGAGGCUCUCAAUGCCAAGAAAGAGAUCUACCAGAUCAAGCAGCAGCGGUUCGAGCUGGCUCAGGAGGAGUACCAGCAGCUGCACAAGAUGUGUGAGGACGACAGCCGCUCGUACGCCAGCUCCUUCUCUGGAUAUUCAACAAAUACAAAGUACGACCCGUACCAAAUUAAAGCAGAAAUAGCAAGUCGUCGGGACAGGCUUUCCAGAUUAAAGCGAGAGCUGACCCAGAUGAAGCAAGAGCUGCAGUACAAGGAAAAGGGGGUGCAGACCCUGCAAGAGAUCGAUCGUAAGAUGUCGAGCGCGCACACCAACUACAAACUGGCCGAGGCACAGGCCAUCAUGAGCGAGCUGCGGACCAUCAAGAAAGCCAUCUGCACCGGCGAGAAGGAGAGGCGGGACCUGAUGCAGAGCCUGGCCAAGCUGACCGACGGCUUCAGGAACAGCUUCUCUCUCACCGACCCUCUGCCGGAGUUCCCUCAUAGCCCGGGCCUUGGCGAGCCUUUACCUCAGCAGUUCUGCGACGCUGGCUCUCAGACCGACAUCGUUGGCGAGUUUGUCUUUGAUGAUAAGACAAGACUUGUAGACCGAGUCAGGCUUAAUUGGCAGUAUGAGGAAGCCAGAAAGAGAGUGUCGACCAUCCAGCAGCAGCUGGCCCAGCUGGAUAACGAGUCCUGGCCGGGCCUGGCCGAGGCCGACAGGGACCGGCUGCAACUCGUCAAGGAGAAGGAGGCCCUGCUGCAGGAGCUGCAGCUCAUCAUUCAGCAGCGGAGGCCGUUGGAAGACGUGGCCCGGCUGGAGGAGGAGCGGGGGCGCCUGGAGGAGGAGGUGGAGCGUGCGCGGGCCACAUCCGUGCAGGGCGCUACGGAAAGGAUUCUCCUUCAGGAAAAAAGGAAUUGUCUCCUCAUGCAGCUGGAGGAGGCUGCCCGCCUGGCGUCCUAUCUCCAGUCCCAGUUAAAGAGCCUGUCUGCCAGCACCCUGACGGUGUCUUCGGGGAGCAGUCGCGGGUCCCUGGCCUCCAGCCGGGGCUCGCUCGCCUCCAGCCGCGGCUCCUUGAGCUCCGUCAGCUUCACGGACAUCUACGGCCUCCCGCAGUACGAGAAGUCCGACGCCGAGAGCGGCCAGCUUCUGCGCUUCGACCUCAUUCCCUUCGACUCCCUGGGCCGAGACGCCCCCUUCUGCGAGCCCCCGGGCCCCUCGGGCUUCCACAGGCAGAGGCGCUCCCUGGACACGCCGCAGUCCUUGGCGUCACUGUCCUCCCGCUCCUCCCUGUCCUCUCUGUCGCCCCCGAGCUCGCCCUUGGACACGCCCUUCCUCCCGGCCUCGCGUGACUCGCCCCUGGCCCAGCUCGGGGACAGUCUCGAGGUACCCGGCCUGGGCGCGCUCGACAGACUGCGGGCUCAGGCCUCGGCUUUGGGGGACGAAGACUCGCAGGCCACGGCGUCCCUACAGCCACACGGCUUCCCCGGGGACGGGGAAGGACCUCGAGAGCGAGGGACCCAAGCGGCUGCCGCUCCCACGGGCACAGCAGUGACUCUUCGAGAGGACAGUGCCAAGAGAUUGGAGAGGAGAGCGCGCCGCGUGUCUGCAUGCCUGUCGGAUUAUUCCCUAGCGAGCGAUAGCGGAGUGUUUGAGCCUCCAACUAAAAGGAGUGAGGAGACCGAAGAGUCUGCACAUGGAGACACUUGUGGUAACGACGGGCCCCAGAUCCACGUUGGGUUCUUGCUUGACGCUGCCAGUGAAUGUCUUCUUGUGAACGUGUUCCAACUAAAGAAUCUGGCGGGGCUGGUCAAGAAGGAAGACUGCAAAGUACACAUCCGAGUCUAUUUGCCCCCCAUCGACUCCGGCACCCCAAACACGUACUGCUCAAAGGCUCUGGGGUUCCAGGCCCCCCUGGUAUUCAAUGAAAUUUUCAGGAUCCCUGUGCAUUCAAGCAUGUUGACAUUGAAGUCACUUCAAUUAUAUGUGUGUUCAGUGAAUCAGCAGCUGCAAGAGGAACUGCUGGGCAUCGCUCAGAUCAACUUGGCCGACUACGACGGGUCCAGCGAAAUGCAGCUGCGCUGGUACGCGGUGCAGGUGUUUGGCAGCUGUGGGCCACCCAGGUCCAGGGAGAGCGAGCGGCUGGGGGGCGCCGCCCGGGACCCUGCUCUGGCCGCUGCCACCGGGAAGACGGACGCAGUGACGGCACUGCUGGCCAGAACCACUGCCCAGCUGCAGGCCGUGGAGCGAGAGCUGGCCGAGGAGCGCGUGAAGCUGGAGUACACGGAGGACGAGAUCCUGGAGAUGGAGCGGAAGGAGGAGCUGGCCGAGGUGGUGUCCGAGAGGAGCUGGCAGGCCGACUCGGUGGACAGCGGCUGCAGCAGCUGCGCCCAGACCAGCCCCCCACACCCCGAGCCCUGUGGCGUCGGCGCCGACCCCAUCCACGGACGCACGUUCGCCGGCCAGGCAGACCCCUACAGCCCCGAGAAGUUUCAGCCUCCGCCUCUUAAGGUUGAUAAAGAAACCAACACAGAAGAUGUCUUCCCCGAAGAAGUCGUGAGCCUUCCGAAGGAGAGGCCCGGUCGCAGGGCCCGUGGGUCGCCUUUUGUUCGGAGCAGCACAAUCGUCCGGUCACAGACCUUCUCCCCGGGAGCGCGAAGCCAGUAUGUCUGCAGACUUUAUCGUAGUGACAGCGACAGUUCAACCCUGCCCCGGAAGUCCCCCUUUGUCCGGAACACCUUGGAAAGGCGAACGCUUCGCUAUAAGCAGCCCUGCAGGCCCUCCCUGGCCGAGCUCAUGGCCCGCACGUCCCUGGACCUGGAGCUGGAUCUCCAGGCCUCGAGAACGCGGCAGCGGCAGCUGAACGAGGAGAUCUGCGCCCUCCGCGAGCUGCGGCAGCGGCUGGAGGACGCGCAGCUCCGUGGCCAGACCGACCUCCCGCACUGGGUGCUGCGCGACGAGCGGCUCCGGAGCCUGCUGAAGGAGGCCGAGAGGCAGACGCGACAGACCAAACUUGACUUCCAUCAGGAACAGGCAGCUGAGAAGAUGCUGAGGAAGGCCUCCAAGGGGGUCUGGCAGCUGCGAGGGCAGAACCACAAGGAGCCCGUGCAGGUGCAGACCUUCAGGGAGAAGAUAGCAUUUUUCACAAGACCAAGGAUUAACAUACCUCCUCUGCCUGCUGACGAUGUUUGAUACAGCGCUUUGUACACAUGAAGUAUUUAUCUGCCUGUUUUAUUUUCAUGAAGUUCUUAGACUAGCUACAUUUGUCUUUAAAAUAUUUGUGCAAAGCUAUUAAUAUACACAUUUUGUAAAAAAACCCACACCUAUAUCUAUACGGAUAUAUUUUAUAAUAGUGACGGCAACAGGGCCCGGCGUUCCCUCGUUGUGAAAUUGACAUCUCUGAAGACAGGUUAUUUUAUAAAAGAUCAACUAUCAUGUUAAGAGUGUACAGUUUUUACGCUGUUUUAUUUGACUUAAAGGCUGGAAGACAGAAACAAAGUGAGUUCAGGCAAAUUCACUGUAUUGUAAUUUAUUUAUAGUACUUGUUUUUUUCCUUGAAGGAAAAUACCGACGUUAAGAUGUAUUUUAAGACUAAAAUUGUGUGCUUCCGUAUUUGUCAUGCAGUAGAACGGAACUUUGGGGCUGGUUUUGUGUCUGACACCCAAAACGCAAACGCUUUGUGCUCAGCGUGUCACUUGUAGGCAUCUCUUGUGUGUGUUCACUGUGCACCGUGCGCACGCUGAGGUGACUUGGGGCCGGGUCGCGCGCGGAGCUGUGUCCCGUGCGCACUAUGCACCACGAGCCUCGCAUCCAGCCACCUCUCUCCGCGUCCUGUGCCCACCCCCGCAAGCCUGCCGUGGCCCCCGAGCCCUGGCAUCCUGCCUUAAGCCCGCCUGCCCGUGCUGGCUGUCUGCCCUGUCGCCUCCACCAUGCCUUCCGGGGCUGCCCCCCGCACCUUGACCAACGAGGUGGUAGUGAAGGGAACCAGGAACGUGCGUGUUCGAGACUCAGUGAAUCCACGGAUGGACAUAGCGGUUAUGACAUAGAAAUGAUGGCCUUGGAAAGGGCUUUUUUGUGGAAGGAGGCAACGUGGGUAACAACAGUUACCCCAGGAGCCUCUUACAGGAGAGUAUUUGAUUUAAAUUAAAACCCGUCCCCCUCCCAAUACUGGACUCUACCCAAUAUUUCUUAAGAAAUUUAGAAGUAGUUCUUGAGGCAAAAAAAAAAAAAAUCAUGUAAUAAAAACAUACCAAUAUUCUUUUAAAAUGCCAAAUGACAUAAAUAUUUUGCCUAAUACAUAUUUAUUAUAUAUGAAAUGCACUCUCCUUUACGAGGCCUCAGAGAAGUAAACGAGGAGGGUCACAUGGAGCGUAAAGAGGAAACUGAACUCUGCCUAGAUCUUUCUGCCUCUCCCUGGGAGACACUCCCUCCCCCCACCUUUAAUCAGUGUCUCGCUCUUCCCAAUAGGCUGUAACCACCCCCUCAUAUAACCUGCCUGCCUUUUUACAUUUGUUAAAUAUGAAUUUUUGUAAAAGCAUUUCGUUGACACAGCCCUGUCACAGACGGUGGCGUUUGUCAGCAGUGCUGGGACUGAAGACUGUGUGUUCACAGUGCCCAGCUCUUGCUCUGCAUUUCCGCCUCUGGUCUCGCUUUUUUUUUUUUUCUAAUUUCUCUGUGUACAUAACCCACAACAGAGGUCGAGACGUGCAAAACAUCAGUCCUCACCCUGUAGCAGACGGCCCAGCGGAGCAGGUGACAGGUGACGACAGGGUCGGGCCACUGUGUGUCCCCAGCGGACGAAACUUCCAACUGCAACGGAGCCCCACCUGCCGCCGGACUUGGGUGUGUGGAGAGCACUGCACGCCUGUCUCGGGCACACUGCUUCCUGGCUGUGCAAAUGCUUUUCUGGCAACCUCCAUUAAGUGGCAACGUGGGGAAGAGCCACCGUGCCGAUACGGAAGGCGUCCACACCAGAGCUUUCACAGAAACAUUUCUGGCCAGUGUGUGCAGGGUUCUGGCGGGAGUGUGCCCGCGCCCCAGGGUUGGUGAUUUUGUUUGUUUUUAAAUCCAGUCUGUUCGGUGUCAGUCUGAGGGUUAGUUGCCUUUGUCAUCUCUCCCAUGACUUCUCCCGCAUCCCUACGAGGGUCCGCCUUCGCACCUGAUGGGACCAGAGUGCGCCUGGAAGGAAACGCCAGCCAGAUGGAGGAGGCGGAGGGCAAUGGACCAGAAAGGGCACAGGGACGGAGGACAGGAGGCACCGUCACUGGCUGGUCUCUCGUGACCUGGGUGUCCAGCUUCUGUCUCGUUGAGACUGCCCCCCCCCCGCAAAGUCUCCCACACGCCAGCAGAGUGAAGGCCUGUUGCUUUAAGAGGUGUUUUCAUCUUCUGUUUGAACUUGUCCGUCACCGUCACCGUCACCGUCACCGUGCUGUGGGAUGAGAAAGCCGCCGUGUUUUGCCGGCGGGUCUGGCCCAGAGACAACCUGAAGCCUGCCGCCAGGGCUCUUUAGGAACAGUGCGACGAGUAAAAGGGAAUUUGGUCUUCGCAUCACCUGGUCACCGAAUUGUCACUGCUGAAAUAACUUUCUGUCAUGGGAAUAAGUUAUAAUUAGUAUUCAUCUCUGUUGUUGUCACUGUUCCCUACUUGUGUCAUUUGUAUUGUUGGAAAGUAUUCCUUCUAUAAAAUUAAACUAACCUGCCUUAAGAACAGAA